CGAACUUUAUAUCAACAUCCAACUCAACGAACACUCGACAUGUUCUUCUUCUGGCUCUCAGUCUGUUUGCCAGCGACGAUGGUAUUAGGACUUGGUCGGGUAAAUACAAAUGAUUUACAUGCCUUAAACUUUGCAGCAGAGAUCAUUGGACAUAAACUUAUUGGGAGGGUUAUUGCGGAGACAGAAGAGGAUUCAGAAGAUGCAUGCCAGCUGAAAUGUGUGGCUAAAAGCCGUUGCCUUUCUUACAACUUUGGAUCGGCGGAAGACGGGAAAAGAUUCAAAUGUCAGCUAAGCGACUCCGAUCGAUUUGCUGCAGCAGAUAAUUUCACUCAAGAGGACAAAUUUUCUUACAGGGGAAUACAGAGUCCUUGUGAGAAUGGUGGUUCCAUUUGCGGCGAAAAAGGAAUCUGCAUCCCCAACUAUCAAGAUGGCAGCGUAAGAUGCAAAUGUAAGGAUGGCUACAGAGGCCCAACUUGCGCUAUAAAGCCGGCAGAAAGCUGUGCCGAACUGCUUCAAUCCGGUUGGAAUUCCAGUGGCUUAUACACCAUCAAUCCUGAUGGCAACAGUCCAAUCCAAGUGUUGUGUGACAUGAAAACGGACGGUGGAGGUUGGACCGUUUUUCAAAGACGUUUGGACGGCUCUGUUGACUUCUUUCUUGGAUGGGAAUCCUACAAAAACGGGUUUGGAAAUUUGAGCGGCGAGUUCUGGCUUGGAAACGACAAUCUUCACCGUUUGACAGCCGCUGAUGACGUCAAGUUAAGAGUUGACUUGGAAGACUUUGAUGGCAACGUCGUCUACGCGGAGUACACGACUUUUAAGGUGGCAGACGAGGCAGAUAAGUACCGGCUUUUGAUCGGAGGAUACAAUGGCACGGCUGGCGAUUCUAUGGCAGGUGACUUUUCGCUAAGUGAUAUGCAGUUUUCGACAAAAGAUAGUGAAAACGACAAACAUUCCAGGGAUCAUUGUGCUUCGAGGUUCAAAGGUGCUUGGUGGUACAAAAAUUGCCAUCGCUCAAAUCUCAACGGUAUCUAUCACAGUGGGCCAUAUAGCUCAAAGGCCGAUGGUGUUUGCUGGGUAAAAUUCAGAGGAUUUCAAUACUCACUUAAGCGCACGGAGAUGAAGUUUCGACCCCGUAUUAUGGAAAACUAGUUGCGCAGUCUUCCUACAGUCCUACAGUCUUUGUACUGAGACAGUCAUUUUUGUUGAAACUGGGUGCAAGAUUCGUUUCAGGGGAUACGCGAUUUCAGGGCUUAAAAUCAGCAAAACGACCUUUCAGUGCAAAAUGGCUCGCUCCAUGGUUAUAGUUCGAGAGCCUGAAUCAUGAAAAGCCAUUUUUGAUAGAAAAAGCCAUCAACGACAACGUUUGAUCCAUUUUGUAAAAGACGUAAAUGAAAUAGCUAUUAUAUCAAUAGCAUUGGUCCUUGAUUUUGCAAAACACUCAAACUAUAAUCUGAGCCUGAAGCAUGCAUGUCGCCUAAAAAUGUCCAAUUGUAUUUCAAUAUGGUCCUUAAGUCAUGUCACGACGAGAAAGAUCCGAGGUGUGCAUUGAGAUGAUCACUUCUUGCAACCAACAGGAUCUCUUAUAUAAUAGAAUAUGAUGCAUCACCUGUGGAUUUUCAAAGCUCCAUUAAAUUUUAACUAUUGCAGCGAUUGGCAAGCCGUCUAGAAAUUGCUCGUCAAUAUGAAGGAAUGAAGGAAAACUACAAUAAGGGAGGUAUUGGUAUACCUUAUUGAUUGGUUACUUCUAUUGUACUACCAUUUUUAGUAUUCUUAACCUGUUCAAAAGUUUUUUUUUACAUUUACUCAGUAAACUAGCGGCUUGCCAAAGUUAAAGACGCAUUUCUAAAGUAUAUUGAAAGCAUGACAGCUGUCUACACUCAGUCGCAUUCCUCAUCAGCUGGUCCCUUUAUCUCACGGUGGUUUCCAAGAGUAUUAGUAAUGGAAAUAGCGUGGCAGUGUGAGCAGUUUGGUAUUAAAUGCGAGUGAUGUUUCAAAAUUCCCCAAAAUAUCACGAGCCGCAAAGCUGCGAGCUAUAUUUGAGGAGUUUUGAAAUAUCACGAACAUGAAUCUAUAACUCCGAAAGCAUUACGUCGUAAAAUAGCGCUUCGCCGAGAUCGAUAUCUAAUUAUGCGUAAACGUUCAAAUCUGUCACCUUUGUGCAAUCUUUCCCCUGGUGUUUUCUUUUCUGUCGACUUUUUUUUUGUAGUUGUAGAAGGCUUCUGGAUGUCAUAGGUAUAGUUUCUAGAGGCAUUAGAGUCCAUUUAAUAAAACGUGCAUUGUCUUAUAA